AAAAUUCCUGGGGGCAAAAGCGCCCCGUCCUCUCGGCUUUCUGUCCUCCUGCUGGUCCCACCCUUCGCUGUCCAUCUGCUUCAGCAGCGCACACGAACAUGGCCGACAAUACGGGCUUGCAUUACAACGCGGAGCCGGCCACCAUGGCUCCGGGGCAGCAGCAGGAGACGCCAGUCGAGAGGCGGAAGUCACGCGAUACUCACUCUUCGUCCUUUGACAAGGAGAAGCAGCCCGCGGACUCCCAGGUUGUGUCGGAGCGGGACGAGGAUGACGAGGAACCCGAAAAGUCGCGCCAUUUCUUGUUCGCAAUGCGCCGACCUGUUAUCCUCACGUUAUUGGCGGCUACUAUCUUGGGAUGGUGGAUCACUGCGACAAUCUUGCCCGCAACUCGGCAUAGAUGGAUUGUGCAAACUCUUUUUGCAUGGUUUUUCAUCUUGGUCAUCGCGUUCCGGUUCAUUCCCGCCCGCGUGGUAUCGCGUCCAGUAGAGGCUUUCUGGAAGCCCUGCGUCGAGAGGCCCUGGUUCAGCCUUCCGAGAUAUGUCCGACUCACCAUUGGAUGGCUCUGUCUCCUUGGCAUUGUCUUUGGUUCUGCAUUCGGCUUCCCUCUGCAAGAUAACAGCAGUUACGGCGACCGUGCCAUUUCGGUGCUUGGCCUGUUCGUCUUCCAGUUCGGCUUCUGGGCUACUUCCUCCAAGCGUCACCUGGUGCCAUGGAACACCGUCAUUGUCGGCUUGUUCUUCCAGCAGGCGAUUGCGCUCUUCGUGCUGAAGAGCUCAGCCGGUUUCUCCAUCUUCAAGUGGAUCGCCGACUUGGCGUCGGAUUUCUUGAACCAAGCGCAAACCGGUGUCGCGUUCUUCUUUGACCAGGAAACCGCUGACAAGCACUGGUUCUUUGCAUCCACUCUUGGUGCCAUCAUCUUCUUCAUUGCCUUCGUGCAGAUGAUGUACUACCUGGGCGUCAUGCAGUGGAUCAUCAAGCACUUCGCCUGGUUCUUCUUCAAGACCAUGAACAUCUCCGGAGCCGAGGCCGUCAUUGCCGCCGCAUCUCCUUGGAUUGGCCAGGGCGAGUCUGCCUGCUUGGUCAAGCCGUACGUGGACCUGAUGACAGUGUCCGAGCUGCACCUGGCCAUGACUUCCGGUUUCUCGACUAUCUCCGGCUCCGUCCUUGGCGCAUACAUCAACAAGGGCGUACCAGCUCAGAACCUGGUUACUUCGUCCGUCAUGAGUAUUCCUGCCUCCAUCGCUAUCAGCAAGAUGCGCAUGCCGGAGACAGAAGAACCUGUCACCCGUGGAAUGGUCGUGGUUGACCGUGGUGAGGCUGACAAGGGUCAACGCCCAGCGAACGCCAUACACGCGUUCAGUCUCGGUGCUGUCUUUGGUAUCGUGGUCGCCGGCCAGAUUCUUUGCAACGUGUUCACCAUCCUGUCUCUCGUUGCGACUAUCAACGGUCUGCUCACUUGGAUCGGCCGCGGCUUCGGCAUCCACCACUUGACCCUGCAGCUCGUCUUGGGAUAUAUCGGCUAUCCAGUCACCUUCUUCUUGGGCGUACCAAGGGCUGAGAUCCUCCGUGUCUCCCAGUUGCUUGCCACGAAGCUCGUCGCUAAUGAGUUCGCAGCCUACACUGAUCUAUAUGAGAUCAUGCAGAGCUCGAAUCCGCUGAGUCCCCGCGCAUUCACCAUCGCCUCCUACUCCCUCUGCGGGUUCGCAAACUUGGGCUCGCUGGGUAUACAGAUUGGUGUACUUGGCGCGAUGGCGCCUUCGAGACGAAAGGUCAUCGCAUCAAUUGCCACGUCCGCCAUGGUCUGUGGCUUUAUUUCAACGUUACAAACCGCUGGUAUCGCUGGCAUGCUUGUAUGAGUUAUUUAUUGCUUUGUCUUGUCGGGUGGGAGUCUGUUGUAGUUAUUAUAUUUUGUUUUUCUGAUAUAAAGACCUUUCCACGAGAAGACUCUGUCGGGUGGUGAAGAUGGAAUUCUACGUGUAUUGGGUGACGCCGAGUUCAUUCCUACGUCUGGCUAAUUUACAGGGCGAACAUGGAUCGUCUCAACGGGUGUUGUAACGUUGGUCCUGCCUCCCGCAGAAGGCCGGUGGUACGUGUAACAACUAGAACACAGAAAAGAACUGCGAGGUCAAACCCACGUCGGGUACUGUUGUACAAAUUAUGUCGUAGUACUAUGCUACAAAUGUCCUUUGCAGCCGAAACAACUAGAAGUAAUGAUGGCAUCGGGCCUUACAUGGGACCGCCGACCCACUCCUUGACAAGCCCUUCCCAACACUCCUUACUCAUCACCAUAUGUUCCCCUUCGCAUGUCUCGAGCAAGACAUCCCCUCUCUCGUCCAGAGUCUUCAAACCUAUCGCAUCCGUCGUAUAGACAGGCUGCAUCCGCAUGGGAAUAGUCGUCUUCUCAGCCUGCGAGACCAUCGGAAGUUGGUCCCCCUCUCCAGCAGAG